AUGGUCACCGCACGGGGCAGCUACGUGUGCCCUCCUGGAGCGUUUGUUACGAGGGUUAUUGAAACCACUCGGGACCUGCGCGAACUCACCGCACUCCGCAACGUUAGUGCGCCCAAACAUACUGACCCCGGGUUCCUGCGCAUCGCCGUCCCGCCGGUCGGUUCCGUCCCCAAGUCUAUCCUCGUCAAGUCCGCGCCCGCCCCCGGACGCGCAACACGCGCCAGCGUCGGCGACGCAGAGACGGCCGCCGGAAAGACCGCCGGGACGGCUGUGGGCGCGCAGCAGCUGGUCGAGCGCUUCCUGCAGGCCAGCCGCGCGGCGGCUGAAUCGCAACUCGUACCGGCGGUACCGUUCCAGUCGGCGGCGCUCCAGUCUGCGGCGUUUCAAUCGGCGCCUUACCAGUCGGCGUCGUACCAGGCGUCUGGGCCGAUGACGCCGGGCGAGAGCCUGAUUGCCGUCUGGGUGUCCGCGCGCGGGUGUCUGUUGCGAGUGGAUGAGGAUGAGCUCCGUUGUGAGUUCGGGUUGUCCUGCUUCUCGGCCAUGGGUGGGCCCUCGCCCAUGGCCGGCGUGGAGAGUCCAGCGGUGGUGGGCAUGGUCUCUGGACAACGGUUGUGCUUCGAGGACCUGGCGCAACAGGGGCACGCUGCGCUGGGCCAUGGCACGGCGCUUCUCUCCGCGGCGCCGAGCGGGCUCGGCGAGGCGGGGCACGAGCCACACGAGCGUACGGACGACGUCGCGCUUGCGCUGCCCUUCGUUAAGUGGGAGUGCCGGGUGCUGCGAUGUUUUGGGACGGCGAAGCCCGUGCCCGAUGUCUUCCGCCGCAUCCAGAUCCCUCUUGCGAACGACGAGUGUUUCACCCUCAACAAGAACCUGCUCGUGCCCACCUCCCUCUCCACCACGCGCAUCUGCAUCCAGAUAAGUACGAACCAGCUUAAGGAGGCGCAGCUGCUCGUCCAGUCCGUAACCGACCGCAUCUCCGACCUUACCAAGGCCGCCACCAAGCGGCAAGACGCACCUCUCGACGAGCUUCAAGACCUGCCCUCCGAAACCGCCGACCGCAGCACUGUGGACCGGAGCACGGGCGAACUGCGCAGCAUGGGCGAACUGAGAGGCACUGGCGAACUGAGAAGCACGGGCGAGCUCCGAACUACCGGCGAGCUCCGGAACACGGCCGAGCUGCGCAGCACGGGCCGGAGCAACACCUCCUCGGGCGAUCCGCUGACGACCAGCGGCACCGUCUCGGGGCUGCCGGGCUCCGCGAUCUCCUCCUUCCUGAACACCUCGCCUGGGCCGAUCGGGACGCCGGGACUGCCGGUGCUGAGCGAAAAGGAGCUGCUCGAGGACCAGGAGCAGCUGAAGCGGGCACACAAGAUCAACACGGUGGUCUAUGACUACAAAUACGACAACUUGCAGUCGCGCUAUAGCGAUGAGGACCGCGCGCGUGUGCUGCAGCGCUACCCCGUCUCGAAGCCCAAGUCGCGCUCCGCGCUGGGCCGAAUGUUAUGGGAGCGGAUGGCGAGCCGACACCCCGCGUCGCCGCUGGCGCACGUGGGUGUGUUCAUUCCAGCAAUCGAGAUUGUGGUGCUGGACCGCGGGCUGACUACUCUACGGGCGGUGGUCGCGGGUGCUCAGAUGCAGGGCCCGGUGCCGCUCAUAGGCGAGAGUGAGGCAAGUGUGGAGGCGACACUGCAUGUGUUGGCUUCCAACCUGACGGCGAACAAGGAGGAGAGCCUGCUCAGCGAUCCGAUUUCCGUCAACAUCACGGCGAGUCGUACCUUCCUCACUGGCCGUUACCUGCCCGUGGUCGACAUCCAGGUGCGGGUCAGCAAGACCGUGGCGACGUUGGAGGCGGGCACGGCGCAGAACCUCUACCGCCUCGCACACAGCUUCAGCACACUCAGUACGCCGCACAAACCCGACGAGACGCACGCCACGGUCAUCAACGCGACUGGCAACCGACUGGGCGUGACCGUGCAGUUGCCCAAAGAGGGUAGUAAGAAGGGUCCGCCGCUCUGGAGCGAUCAGGGCGCACUCGACAAACUCGUCGCUGUCUCUGAAAUCCUCGCCAACGAACACGUUUGCGAAAAAACCAGUCAUGAAAUCUUCUUCAGCAUCCGCAAGGCCUUCGAACCAAUGCUCGUGCUCACCUACGGCAGCGCCACGGGUCUCAACGUGCGGGAACAGAUGCUCGAACAGCGCGGCCUCUCCACGCGUUCGCGCAGAGUCCGGCGUGUGGCCGAGGAGGAAGGUGUCGCUGGAAACGGCCCUGCCGUUGACGGCCCCGUGGGGGACGGAGCCACGGGAGAUGGUGCCGCGGGCGAGGUGUCGAUUCCAGUCACGUUAGGCGCGGGAGAGGCGAAGCCGCCGGCCCAGAGCUUCCUGAUCAACACGCCGGAGCAGCUGGUCGCGAUGUGGAACGACCUGUCGUUGCUGGGCGACAGCGACUUCCUCACGGUCAGUCGCAUCCUGUUGGAGGACGACGAGUUGCGUGAGCGUGUGAAGGCGGUGGCUGAGGAUGGCGGGCUGUGCCUGUCGGACACCAAGUUAUAUCGGCUGGUGAGCAGCCAUGAGGAGCCGGGCGCGGCGGGGCGGCUGCAGCACAGCAGCCUGGACGACGGGCGGUUCGACGGCGCGUUGACGAGCAUCCGCGGGUUGGUUGAAGCGCGGAAGCCGUACCGCGUGCAACUGGCCCGAGCGCAGGGCGACCUAUUGCUUUCGACUUCGCGGCACGUGGAGUGUCUGAUCGAAGACAUCGUAAAGGACGCGCCCUUUUUGUUGCGUUCCCGGCUUGCACAGCUGAGUAGUGCGAACCUGCACAGCCAGAUCUUCAAGCAGUCCGACGGUUGGACAGCCUGUGGGCUGCUGCAGGUCAACAAGGAGGGCGCGAAGGCGUACCACGUCGACGGCGUGGGUUACCGCCUCAUGGUCGAGCCGCAGUUGCAGGCCGACGGCAGCUCCGCGCUCUUCGUCGGCUCCACGGUGCUUGUCGAGAACAGCACGCCCUUCAAGCUCGUGCUCAACUGCACCUCGCGGGUCAACCGAUUCAAACACUUGGCACACAAACUUCUCAGCGUCCGUCUCGACGGUUUGCCCCGGCCAAUGACCAAGGCCCUCAUGAUCCUCCGAGACCGCCUCGUUUAUACCACGCAACACGAAACCUCUUUCGCGCAGGAGGCUGACCGCCUCGUCGUCCUGCCCUUCAAAAAGAACGCCAUCCCCAUCAGCUGGUUCCAGGAUCCGCGAGGCAAACAGUUCUCGCUCGUUCUCUGCCACCCCGACGACCAGAGCGAACGCGGCGGCGCGCUCUGCACGCCCAAGAAUCUCGACAACUUGCAGGACUUGCUCUCCGUCAUGGAGACGGCCGAGAGUGUGAGCCAGUUGGACAAGACCGGCAACUCGAUCGCGCUCGUAAUCCGCGGGCGGCUCGGAAAGCUGCUGCAGGUGGUGCAGUCGCUCGUGGUCGGCAAGCAGCUCGCGCUAACUGCGAGCGUGCGCUCCUUCCACGUUCCGACCGCUCGCCAGCCAGAGAUGGUCCAGGGCUUCGUGCUGCAUAUCGAGCCGUUCAUGAAGAUUAAGAACAAUCUCACCUACCCCGUCACGGUAACGCUAGCCAGCCCGACCAAGAACCGGCCGCAGCCGGACGAGGAAGAGUUCGGGACGGGGCGCAGUCAGGAGGAGGUCCUCACGGGUCGAACACUCAUUUCGCACGCCACGUCGGAUGAGAUCGAGCGCCUCUUUAGUGGCCGUCCCGUGACUGCGAGUAUCCCCUCGGGCUGGAUUUGGUGUCUGCCGCUGGCAAUGCAGACGUUGGACCUCACGAUCGCAGUCCAUGGACUUCCGUUGCAGCGGGCCCGUACCCAUGUUACCCAGGCGUACUACAAGGCCGCCAAGGGCCUCAUGCUCACUGGCCGUUACCACGACCAAGUUGUGGCGCUCGCGCUCAAGUCGCUUAAGAAGGAUUACGCCAUGAAACACAAUUUCUGGCAGACGUUGCUGACCGACGGCCAGUUCUCCGACCGCGACGGCACAAGUAGCCUGACUAGCGCUGGCGUGGGUAGCCGUCUCAUUGCUACUGGCCAGCUGCCUCCGAGCGGUACCAUCAACCGACUCUACGACUCCGUCGCCGUGAGCCUGCUCGCGGAGCACGACAUCCAUUGCGCCGCAGGCCAGACUACGCCACCGGACCUGGCGGAGCUUCCCGAGUACCAGAUGCCGCGCCGCCAAGUCUGGCUGCAGGGCGACGAGGGCAUUGUGCAGGCCGUCGACUCGCAACUCAAAAACCCGCAGGCAAUGGGGCUCGACCCCGAGCUUAGCGAGGUCUGCACACUGACCUGCAAAUCCGUCAUGCAGUCCAUCUACAACCACUACCCGCUUGAGAUCUGCACCGCCCGCCGCUCCAUCGACAUCAUGCAGGCUUCCGUCGUCGAAAACACGCUCAUGGACACCUACCUCAUCAUCAACGAAAAACCCGUCCCGCCCCUCUCCUCGCUCAACUUCAGCACGGAAGAGCUCGGCCUCUGCCAUAUCUCGCUGCUCAGACGCUUCGGUAACACCUGGAAAAAGUCGCUCCCGCUCGCCAAGAUCAAUCUUACUGCGCAGAAGUCGCAAGACCCAAUCAAAUUCCCGUUUCCUUUGUAA